AUGAAUAUCAACCGGCAGUCGUGCUAUUGCACCAAGCCGUUGACGCCACUAACGUCCCAUUCUAAUGAUGACAAAGACGACCCCAUCGACACCAAAGCCAUUGGCAUCGAGGUGAUCGGCGGCGAUACCGAUGGCAAGUCGCUGCUGUUCAUCAAGCGAUUGUCCCACCGGUUUCUGAAGCGAGUUUCAACUGAUGAGCAUAACCAUACCUCCCAUCGGCGAACUCAUCUGCAGCCGCUGGUUGACUUACGACGUCGCUCCCACCAGGGCACUUCGUACAAUUGUCAGCUUGACCGAGGCCGGGAACUGGGUAACAUGCUGCAGGUCCAAUCCCAUGAGCCUCGCCGGCGACUGAUGCUCGGGAGGUUUGUGGUCCUGGCGCUGGCUAAGGCUCUGGUACGACUGUCGACCGUUUCUGCCUCCACGUCGGAACCCCGUUCGAAACUGCCUGAAUCCCAUCAUCUGCCCCCGCUGCUGCCGCUGCUGAAAGCGCUGCUGAAAGCACUGCUGCCUCUCUUGGACCGGCACCUGUUUGAGCUGGUGUCCCUGGUAUCGCUGAGUGGUCACCAGGAAGAUCACACCCCCAAUUCCAAAGCAGCCAACGCGACGAUGGCCACAAUCUCAAUUUCGACAUUGGGAGAAGGUGACGCACUUGAAAACCUUGUGCCACCACCACGAAACCCACAAAGAUUGUUGAAACGUCAAUCACUCGCGCCACCAAGGGACGAGUCGUUCUAUUUAUGGCUGAGGUCGCUGCUUCCUCCACCAGAAACCUCUCUGCCAAAACUACUUCCACCCCAGAAAGCCGUCAAUGAUAAGAGAUUCGCCAUUGUCGAUGACUCUAUCAUCAUAGCGAAUGAUCCUACCGCGGGACCGGAAGCUAAUGAUGAUAUGGAAGACGAAACUGCGGAUGAACUCUCACCGUCGGACUUUCUCAAAAUCAAACUUUUUGUCUACGAUCGAAGCCCCAGAAUCUACCGGAUCAAAGUGGCUCGGGAGCGAAUUCAUGACCGCUACGAUCUCCAGAUGGCUAUAUUUAUCCGCUUGAUGGAAAAACGGCUGCUGUAUCUCGAGUUGGAUCGCCUUAAACUUUCCAUAUUCUUCAGAAACCCCAAAUUGCCCCAAGUGGUCUUCAAGGACCCCGAUGAACCUGACGACCAGUGCGAGUUAUUGAAAAUAUGGCGAGACGAGUUGGUGAUGGACUACGUCCGUGUCAAAGAGCGGAUAAAUGUUCGUGUCACUCAGCAACCGAAAUACAUGCCGCCCCUUCCCGUGGAAGCAUUGGCCCAGGUCGCCUCGACUGCUUGA